UUAUCACUAAAAAUUGCAAAUUGUUUCAAUUUGUUUGAAUAAAAUUUAUUUCAAGUUUUUCUUAGCUCAGCCGAUUAACAACUCACACAUAAAAUUUAAAAAAUUCGAAAUUGGAGCAAGUGUGAGUAGAUAAAAAAUACCAAAACAAGAAACGAAAACGGAAGAUAUAUUGUUUGUGUAAUUGCUAACUUUUGAAACUGCAAACUCGAAUAUGAGUUCAGCAAAAAGAAUAAAAAAAUCAUUCAAUGAAAACAUCGUAAAAGACUCAUGGAUCCCCGAGUUUCGACCUCUUGAAGAUUCAUGUGUUCCUGUGAUCGUGGACAUAGAAACUACUGGACUUGGUAAUAGAGCUAGAAUAAUUCAAGUUGCAGCGAAAUGUGGUAUGAAAAAUUUUGAAGUUCACAUUUUACCAAAAGCUAAUAUAACUGCCCAGACUUCGAAAGUAACUGGGUUUACUUCUAGCGAUGGAGCUCUAUUUUAUCGUGGUCAAAAAGUAGAAACUUUUCCCUCUAAUGUUGCUGCUCGUCGAUUUCUUGACUUUUUACAUGAGUUAAAUUCGCAAAUUCUGUUAGUAGGCCAUAAUAUCAUCCGUUUUGAUGCUCCUAUAAUAUGCCAAUGGCUUAAUAAACAUGGCUUAUUGAAAGAAUUAUGCUCUCUGAUUUUCGGAAUGACAGAUACGCUACCUUUAUUGCGUCGAGAUAACAUUGGAAAACAAGAAGAGCUAGCAGCAAAAUAUUUAAUAGGACCAGAAUGGGACGAUAUACGUGAGAAAGCUCAUAAUGCGACCACCGAUUGUAUUCUUCUUCAAGGAUUGUUGGAACAUUUUCAAAUAAAUAAUAAUAUUUUAAAAAAGAAAUCCUUAUCCACUAAAGAUUUCUUUCAACAACGAUAUAUGGCAAAAAAACAAAGAAAAAAUAUGUCACUCGUAUCAGAAUUAAAACCAAUUGUAUCGCGUAUUAUGAUGCGAAGAAUGGCACGACAUGGAUUAACAAUUGAUAAGUUGAAAAUAGAAUUUUUACAGCAUGGGAGAGAAAAAAUUGAAGCAUGCUUAAAGGCCAGAGUUAAUAGGAAACCUACAGUCACUGCAAAUAAACGAGUAAUACAAAAGAUUAUUGAAUUCAUUCAAAAAUUGAUUGAUUCUGAAAAAGAAACAUGCAGUAAAGUUGAAAAAUAAAAACUUCACGGCGUUUAUACAACACUAAAUGGCACAUAACGUAUAUUGAAGAUAAUAAGAUCAGCCGUUACACGGAGAAUAUGCUCUUUGUAUAUUAUAGCAUUAAAUGUUUAAUAAACACGAAAUUCGUUUACCCAUUA